AUGAUCCCGAAGCUUGACAUUCAAAAAGCAUAUGAUAGGGUGGAUAGGUCUUUCCUGGUGGCUGUGCUGGAAAGGUUUGGGUUUGGGAAGUCUUGGAUUAAGUGGAUUUCUAGUAUGAUCAUGCAGUUCUCUGCUUCGGUUUUAGUUAAUGGUAGUUCAACGUCUCGGGGGGUGUGGAAGGGUAUUGAGAUUGCUCGAGGGGUGGACUCCACAACUCAUUCUCAGUUUGCUGAUGACACCUAUCUUUUCGAUGUUGCUUCUAUGCAUGAGGCUUCGAUUAUGAAGAAAGUGUUGGAUAGAUAUACUUGGGCUACUGGUCAGGAAAUUAAUUGGCUCAAAUCAGAGAUCUUUUUCUUCCACAUAGAAUGUUGGUCUCAGAGAGCUAUUGCUAGAUUGUUUGGGAUUAAGAUUGGCCAUCUGCCUGGGAAGUUUCUUGGUAUGCCGCUCUUUUCUGGAGUAGGUAAGGCGGACAUUUGGAAAGGGCUGCUAGAUGGUUGCAAAGCAAAGAUGGAGGGAUGGAAGAGUAAGUGGCUUUCUCUGGCUGGUCAUCUUUUGAUGCUGAAGUCAAUUGUCUCGGCUAUGCCUAUUUUCCCUAUGGCCUGUUUUAAACUCCCAGGUUCGAUCAUUAAGAGUAUGCAGCAUAAGAUGAGGAAGUUUUUGUGGAAUGGUAAUCAGGAACAUGACAAAAUUCCGCUCAUGGCCUACAACAGAGUUUGUAAACCCAAAGGUGGUGGAGGGGCGAGACUCCAUGAUUGA